UGUGUAUAGGGAUUAGGGAGUAUUGCAUAAUUUGCUCUUGAUAGUUACACUCAUGUCUCUGCAGAUGCAAAAGAUGUGAUGGGAAAGGAAAGAUUCCUUGUGCAACUUGUGGAUCUCGUGGGCUAAUAAAAUGUGAGACGUGCAAUGGUAGUGGUUCUCUGUUGACACGCAAAGUUGCCAUUGUUAGAUGGAAAACAUUUUCAACUCGAAAAGUAAGUGCAACGAGUGGCGCAGCAUCAGUUCCAGACGAGGUUUUCCACAGAGCCAAAGGGGUGCAGUUGUGUAAUACCCAAGCAUAUCAGUGCACUCCAGCCUUUUUUGCCGACUCUUAUUUCCUCAACAAAUUCUCUUCUGAAGUUAUUGCCGAAAGGGCUUCAGUCCCUACCACUGCCAGGGUCAUAUGUGAGAGGCAUACAGUAUCUGUUGUUCCAGUGACACGAGUCACCAUGUCUCAUCGCCGUCGAUCUUUCAGCUUCUACAUCAUUGGAUUUAGCCGGGAAGUGUACUUGAAGGACUACUAUCCUGCAAGAUUUUGCUGGGGUCUCUGUCCAUGCCUGGAAUGGCUGAAGUUGUAAUCAGGCAUAUUUUCCAUUCAGAGUUGUUUGAGAGUAUCAUACAUAUCAUGCUUCUGUUAAAAUAAAUUAACAAAAUUAUCUUUGUUUGGGGAAUUGGAUUGUGAAUUGCGGUUUCCUUUCGUUUAUUGGAUUUUUCUGCAUAAUGAGAAUUCAACCUUCUCAUGAGAUACCAUUUUCUUCUAAUUCUUUUUUUUUCUUGAAUUGCUUCGACUUACAAUUAAAUGUUGAAUUAUUAA